AUGGCUGAUAUGGAAGCGAUCAUGGCUGAACCAGUACAAGAUGAAGAGCAACCAAAGUCAGUGAACCAUGUUGUUUCUCAAGUUGUGAAAUCAACUACAUUUCUUCAAGUUGCAGGAAUUCAACCAAACUCCAACAAUAGCUCUAAAGGUUGCACUUCCUCAAAGGUGCAACAGCUUCGAGCUGAUCUUGAAAUUAAAAAAAUAUCAAAAGAAGACCUUAGGCAUGAGUUCGAAGCCAUGAAGAAAGAAUCAGAAAUAGCAAUGGAGACUUUAAAGAAAGAGUCAGAAAUGGCAAGGGCAAAACAGGCGAAGGAGAUCGAAAAAAUAAAAAAGGCAUCACAAGAAACCAUGUCCUUCCUUCGUCAAAUGCUUGGUCCUAGGGAUGGUUGA